AUGGGUGCCCUCAAGUACGUGGAAGAAAUCCAGAAGAAGAAGCAGUCCGACGUGAUUCGCUUCCUUCUCCGUGUCCGUUGCUGGGAGCUCCGUCAACUGAACGCUAUCCACCGUGCUUCCCGUCCUUCUCGCCCCGACAAGGCUCGUCGUCUCGGAUACAAGGCCAAGCAGGGCUAUGUUGUCUAUCGUAUCCGUGUGAGACGCGGUGGCCGCAAGAGGCCCGCUCCUAAGGGUGCCACCUACGGCAAGCCCACCAACCAGGGUAUCAACCAGCUCAAGUACCAGCGUGCUCUCCGUGCUACCGCUGAGGAGCGUGUUGGCCGCCGUUGCGCCAACUUGCGUGUCCUGAACUCCUACUGGAUCAACCAGGAUUCCACCUACAAGUACUUUGAGGUCAUCCUUGUUGACCCCCAGCACAAGGCCAUCCGUCGCGAUGCCCGCAUCAACUGGAUCUGCAACGCUGUCCACAAGCACCGCGAGGCUCGUGGUCUCACCGCCACUGGCAAGAAGUCCCGUGGUAUCAACAAGGGUCACCGUUACAACAACACCAAGGCUGGCCGUCGCCACACCUGGAAGCUCCAGAACACCCAGAGCUACUGGAGAUACCGUUAA